AUGGCCUACGACCCCGAGGAGAACGACCGGCGGGCAGAGGAGGAUGAUGGCGAGGAGGAGCUUGGUGAGAACGACUACAAGGCGCAGAAGGACGCUGUGAUAUUCGCCAUCGACGUCAGCGAGUCGAUGUUGGAGCAGCCGACCGGCUCUGGCUCCAAGAAGGAUGACACAGACAGCAUCGUCACGGCAGCGUUGAAGAGCGCCUCCCAACUCAUGCAACAGCGCAUUAUUGCGCAGCCAAAGGACAUGAUGGGCAUCUUGUUCUUUGGGACAGAGAAGACCAAAGUUGGUGACCUGGUUGGCAAGAAGCUUGAACCUUUCAUGAACUGCUACCUUCACACCGACCUCGACGUGCCUUCCGCAGGUGCCGUAAGGGCCCUGAAGGACAUGGCCGAGGCUGGCAAAGAUCCGAACGGCAUUCUGAAGCCUGCCAAAGGGACGACUUCCGUCGUGCACAUGCUGAAUUGUGCCAACCAACUCCUCAUGACAAACGCACCUAAUUUCGGUUCGCGGAGGUUGUUCAUCGUCACAGACAAUGAUGAUCCGCACGCCGGAGACAAGACAGAGCGCAAAAUCGCGACUGUGCGCGCCAAAGAUCUGUUCGACCUGGGUGUGACUGUCGAAUUAUUUCCCGUCAGUCGGCAUGGACAAAACUUUGACUUGGACAAGUUCUAUACUGACAUCAUAUACCGUGAUCCUUACGCCGCAACGGAUCCCGAUAACCCAGACGAGAUCAAGACUCUCAAGACCGGCGAUGGCAUUUCCCUACUGAACUCCCUGAUUUCCAGCAUAAACGCCAAACAGACUCCCAAACGUGCCUACUUCUCCAAGAUGCCCCUUCACCUUGCACCAGGGUUAUCUAUUUCCGUCAAUGGCUACCUCAUUCUUCAUAAGCAGGCGAUUCAACGAAGCUGUUACAUAUGGCUUAACGGUACGAACGAAAAACAGAUCGCCCAAGGUCAAGUCAUCAAAACGGAGGAUGGUUCCAUGCGGACUGUGGAGAAGGGCGAACUGAAGAAAGCAUACAAGUUUGGCAGCGGCGGUGACUAUGUCUACUUCAAGCCUGAGGAGCUAGAGUCAAUCAAGAACUUCGAGGGGAAAUGCUUGCGUAUCAUCGGCUUCAAACCGCGCUCGAUGCUUCCUCUUUGGGCUGCGGUCAAGAAAUCUGCAUUCAUCUUCCCCACCGAGGCAGAUGUUGUCGGCUCAACGCGGGUGUUCUCUGCGCUCUGGCGCAAGUUGCUCGACAGCAAUAAAAUGGCCAUCGCGUGGUACAUCGCACGAAAGAACGCCGUGCCGCAGAUUGUGGCCAUCCUUCCGUCCAGAAAACCGUCAGAUGAGGAUUCUGGGACACAAUGUCUACCCGCGGGGCUCUGGUUAUACCCUCUCCCCUUCGUGGAUGACACGCGGGACCUCGCCCAACUGAAGACCCAGCCGGUAGUCAGAGCAUCUGACGAGUUGGUCGACAAAAUGCGAAUCAUUGUGGAAAAUCUACAGAUGCCCAAGGGCAUGUACGACCCCUCAAAGGUCCCCAACCCAUCUCUUCAGUGGCACUACAAGGUUCUGCAGGAUAUAGCUCUCGACGAGAUCCCAGAGUCCGACAAGAAGCCUGACCUUACGGUACCCAAGUACAAGCAGAUUAACAAGCGAGUUGGCCAGUACCAGGUUGAGCUCAAAGAAAUGCUCAAAGCGGAAGCCGCUGCUGUUCAGCAACAGCUGGCUAUCAAGAGAGAGGCGGAGGAGGAGGCAGACGAGGAUGAACGUCCCAAGAAGAGGAGCAAAGCUGCGCCAAAGAAGGCGAGUGCUCCUUCUGGCGGCACAACUCUCGCGGAGUUGAAGGCGGCAAUUGAUGACGACUCGCUGCGCAAGAAGACGGUUGCUGAGCUCAAGGCGAUAUGUGCCGAAAAGGACCUGGGCAGCACAACAGGCAAGAAGAAAGCGGAUCUGCUGGAGCUCGUUGAGGAGUGGGUUGAGGGCCAUGCAUAG